AUGAUAUGGGGUUAUUCAAUAAUUGUUUACACAGAUUCAAAAAACCUUACAUUCAUAGAAUCUCCUUCUAAUCAACGUAUUGCUUAUUGGAAAUUAUUGCUUUCUGAGUUCAACCUAACUUUCAAACAUAUUGAUGUUUGUAAAAAUACUGCAGCAAACUUUAUGUCAAGAUUCGUUACAUCCAAAAAGCUAUAUAAUACAUUCUACACUUUAACUGAAUAUUCUGGAAGUUUAAUCUCCAUCGAUGAUGUAAUUUCAUGGCAGUUACCAAUUAGCAAAAACAGUUUUAAAAUUAAAAGGUUAAAAAUUAAAAAAUUUAAUGGAGAUGAUAUAACUAUUACAAAAGACUCCAAAAUAUUCAUACCACAAGAAAGAAUUAAAGAUUUUAUUACUAAAAUUCACAAUAUAAUAAUUCAUCCUGGCUCUACCAGACUUUAUAAUACUAUAAAACGAUACUACUAUGGUGAUUUAUUAAAAAGGAAAAUAGAAGAAUUCACAAAUAAUUGUAUUAAAUGCCAGGUAUCAAAGAAUUAUAGACGUAAAAAAUCUAGAAACUUUCAUCUAAACCAAAAAGAAUUUAAUGACAUAGUAGCUACUGACCUGGUUGAACCCUAUAAACUUGAUGAAUUUACAGAAGGGGAAGGUAAGGUCUAUGUCCUCACAUUAAUCGAUAUGCAUAUAAGAUUAGUCAGCCUACAUGUUAUUGAGAAGAUUACAUCUGAAAAUAUUUCUCUUGCAAUAGAAAAUUAG